AUGGCCCAAGACAGCGACGCCCCGAAGGCGGUGGACAAGGGCAAAGGGAAGGUCGCUGAUGAGCCUAAAGGUGAAAAGCAGGCCGCCAAUGGCACGAAGGAGGACGCCAACAAGGAUGCUACGGAAGAAGAGCUUAAUGAAGAGGACCAGCAGCUCAAGAACGAUUUGGACAUGAUAGUGGAACGGUUGACUGAGUCCAACACGGAACUUCACAAAACGGCGCUCGAAUCCAUGAAGACGUCGAUCAAGACCUCGACAUCGUCCAUGACGGCUGUGCCAAAGCCCCUCAAAUUCCUUCGACCGCACUAUGAAGUCUUGACAAAGCUUUACGACGAUUGGUCGGAUGGCGACAACCGGACUUCGCUGGCAGAUGUUCUCUCGGUGAUUGGCAUGACAUACUCGGACGAGGACAGACAAGACACCCUGAAAUACAGAUUGCUCGCGCCCACGUCCGAUAUUGGCUCGUGGGGUCAUGAGUAUGUCAGGCAUCUUGCCCUCGAAAUUGGGGAGGUGUACGGCAAGCGGAUUACGUCAGAGGAACCUACCGAAGACUUGGUCGACUUGGCCACGGUUCUCGUCCCUCUCUUUAUCAAGAGUAACGCUGAGGCAGAUGCUGUUGAUCUCAUGAGCGAGCUUGAAAUUAUCGAGGAGAUACCAAAAUUUGUCGACGAGGAGACGUAUCCCAGAGUAUGCUUGUACAUGGUCAGCAUGGUCAACCUGCUUACGUACCCCGACAACGAAACCUUCCUACGGACCGCACACAACAUAUACAUGCAGCACAAACAGUUUACACAGGCCAUGGUGCUGGCAAUUCGGUUGCACGACGUCGAGCUGAUCGAGGCCGACUUUGACAAAGCCAAGGAUCCUGCGCUUAAGAAGCAGCUAGCAUUCUUGAUUGCGCGUCAAAGGAUAGUCAUGAGCAUGCCCGAGUCUUCAGUUGAAGAGCAGGAGCGAUCGGAAUGCCUCGCGAAUCUUAAGUUGUCUGAACAUUUCAAAUCUCUUGCCAAGGAACUGAAUAUCCUGGACCCGAAGACGACGGAGGAUAUCUACAAGAGCCACCUGGAAAGCAGUCGAGUGGCCGGCAUGACGAACCUGGACUCCGCCAGGCAUAACCUCGCCGCAGGUUUUGUCAACGCUUUCGUCAAUGCCGGGUUCGGCAACGAUAAGAUGAUGCUGGUGGAGGGCGAGAAAGAGGCAUGGGUGUGGAAGACGAAGGCGGAGGGUAUGAUGUCGACGGUUGCUUCCAUGGGCACGCUGCUGCUAUGGGACAUCGAGAAUGGCCUCGACAAGAUCGACAAGUAUACUUACUCGGCAGAACCGGAGAUCUCGGCCGGUGCAAUGCUUGCCAUUGGCAUCAUGAACUCGGGUGUUCGCUUGGAUUCCGACCCUGCCAUGGCCCUUCUCGGAGAUGCAGACAAGCUUCACCACUCGAACCCUAUGAUUAGGACGGCAUGCAUCAUGGGCCUCGGCCUGUCGUACGCUGGCUCUAACCGUGAGGAGCUGUUGGAACUCCUACUUCCCAUAAUCAGCGACUCUUCCCAAGAGAUGCAGGUCUCGGCCAUGGCUGCCCUGGCCUGCGGCUUGAUCUUUGUCGGCUCAUCCCACCCUGACGUAUCGGAGGCCAUCGUGACGACGUUGAUGGACGACGACCGCAAGAGUCAGUUGACGGACAAAUGGACCCGCUUCCUCGCUCUUGGCCUAGGCUUGCUGUUCUUUGGUCGUCAAGAAGAGGUCGAUGUCAUCCUAGAGACGCUCAAGGCUGUGGAUCACCCCAUGGCCAAGGCCACCGCGGUGCUGGCUGAAAUCUGUGCUUGGGCCGGCACAGGCGCCGUCCUCAAGAUUCAAGAGCUCCUGCAUAUCUGUAACGAACACCAAGAGGAAUCCGAAGAUAAGAAAGGAGACGAGUUGCUGCAAGCAUACGCCGUCAUCGGCAUUGCAUUGGUGGCGAUGGGUGAGGAUGUGGGACAGGAGAUGGUCCUGCGGCAGUUUGGUCAUCUCAUGCACUACGGUGAAGCCAACAUCAGAAAGGCCGUGCCAUUGGCGCUGGGUUUGAUAAGCCCGAGCAACCCUCAGAUGAAAGUCUACGACACGCUUUCCAGAUACAGCCACGACAACGACCCCGAGGUUGCCAUCAACGCCAUCUUCGCCAUGGGCAUGCUUGGAGCCGGAACAAACAACGCCAGACUUGCUCAACUGCUCCGACAGUUGGCGAGCUACUACCACCGCGAUCAGGAUGCUCUCUUCAUGGUCCGCAUCGCCCAGGGCCUCCUUCACAUGGGCAAGGGCACGCUGUCCAUCAACCCGUUCCACACAGACCGCCAAGUCCUCUCACAUGUGGCCGCUGCUGGCCUGCUGGCCACGCUUGUCGCCUUGAUUGACCCCAAAGAAUUUGUUUGCGGAUCUUCACACUACCUCCUCUACUUCCUCGUUCCCGCCAUGCACCCGCGCUUCCUCGUCACUCUGAACGAGGACCUGACGCCUCUCAAGGUGAAUGUCCGGGUUGGCCAAGCCGUGGACGUUGUUGGUCAGGCUGGCCGACCCAAGACUAUCACUGGAUGGCAAACGCAGAGUACGCCAGUGCUGCUGGGCCACGGAGAACGCGCUGAACUGGAAGACGAGCAGUACAUCAGCUUGAACAGCACCUUGGAGGGCUUGGUUAUCCUGCGGAAGAACCCCGAAUGGGAAGAUGGAAAAUAA